AUGGCUGAAGUCGCUAGUCUCUACAACACUCUACCUACACUCGGCGAGGCUGAUGAGCAGUUUGUUAAUCGCGAGGCCACGCUAUGUGCCUUGGCUACGCUUUUGGCUCAGUAUGAGUACGCAUUUGGCCUCUGCCUCGUUCAUACCCACUGCAAACUUGCCGAGGGCGAAAUCAUGCUGGCCAGAGGCAAUGUCUCUGAGCCCGAGCUGAUGGAGCAUGCUCCAACUUUUUACCCCGAACGGUGGCUUUCCACAGGGGAGCCAUACGAAUUCACAUUGCGGAGGACUGGGAAGCCUCCGACGAAACUCGUCGACGAGUUCCAGCGCAUCGUCAAGGAUGCCAAGCUUCAGGACAUUCUCGGCCUGUAUCACAUCGAUGGAGGGGGGGAGAUGCCGGCUAUCAUCGAGUGGACUGAGGGCAGAAAGAACCUCACUCGAGAGAUUGCCGCUGAUGACAAGACAGGCGAGCCAAUUCAGACGGCUUGGGACUUUGCCCGAGGAGAUCCCGUCACCAUGAGCUGCGCCAUCUAUUGCGAUCAACGCACGACCCGUGGCGCAAGCACGCAUAAAGGCACACGAUCGCAUGUCUAA